AACAACAAUUGACAGUGUAAAAACAGUGCAAUCAAAUCGCACCCAAAUUUUGAUUUAUUCUUUGGUUUGCCUCCGCUUAGUGUGUUAUUGUCAUUCAUCCACAAAGCACGAUGUCAGAAAAGAAUCUUGGUGAAAGUUUCUGUGGCCCUGGCCAGGACCAGCAAUUGGAAGCAUCAAAGGCAGUUCAUUUAAAAGCUAUUGAAGAAACAUUGGCAACUCCUAUUCCCACCCGACUUCGUCAAAUUUUUAUCGAUGCUGGCUAUGAUAAUAUACACUUACUUUGUCAAAUCACACCUGACGACGUGGUUGAGAUUCAAGAGUAUAUCAAAGAGAUAGAUGGCCGUCAAAUGACACCUGGAGAAAAAAAAUUUAUUUUGUGGAUGUCAGCCGAGCUCUCUGAGAAGAAGACACAAGCGAUUGAAAUUGUAAAUCGUCUUAUGGCUGAGUUCAGGAAAUAAGCAUCCAUAUCAAAGGGGAGAUAAAUCCACGAAAACAAACCCAUCUCCGAAAACUACGAUACAGUCUGGAUGCUCUCAACACCAAAAAAGUCAAGCGAAGGGGUUGAAUUUUGAUAUGGACACAAUGAAAAAUCUUUUCCUCUCUAAAUUCAGAAAUUUUGGAAAGCAGUAUGGUAAAAAUUUCUCCACUCAUCUGCAAAAUUUUGAAGAAGCGAGCGAAGAGGAAAAUCGGCCUUUGAUUCUAAUGACAGCCAAUGCUAAUGGAGUCCAGACAAGUGUGCUAUGUCACCAGUGUAAGGACAAAGUUACAAUACCAACUACAGUGAAUAGCUCUAAGAAACAUCUAAAUUUCAAAUUCGGCAAUUAUAAUAAGCAUGCACGAAAACAUUGCCCGAAAAGGCCAGAUGCUCCAGAAAAAUUGAAAUCUGAAAAGGUUGACAAAGGAAAAAAAAGACACAUCACAGAGUUUUUUGAGGCACAGAACGUUAAGCGCCAGAAAAUCGAACAUCAAGAGGAUAUUGAUGAAAUUGUGCUUGAUAGUUGUGAAUCUGACUCGGACGAAGAAGUAAUCUUUGAUUUGGGAAACUGCAACAGUGCGGGGGUACUGGAGGCACCUCCCGCACGAGUCAGGAAGUUCCUCCUGGAAAACAAAAUAUUGAAUACGAAAUCAGCCGGAGAAAAAAACAUAAAUUUUCCACCACUGAAAUAAAUCAAAAGCUUAUUACAGAUUAUUUCAGUUUUGAUAAACUACUUCAGCAAGUUACGCAACAUGUGAGCAAGAUGAGAUAUCCUCCACCCAUACCUGAUAUUUUACAAAAACCAGACAAUCGAUCGCUGUUUCUUCAAAUUCUGCUAGAGAGAGACCCAACUUCAAAGAUUGCCAAAUACGAGGACGAUAUGAAAAAGUUUUGUACAAAUUUAUUUUUGAUUUCUGGACGAGGUGGUUAUCGAACGUUAGCAGCGAAUCUUCCUCUGCCGUCCACAUCAACAGUUUACCGCACUGUAUACAGUGAAAAACAACCACCAUCAGAGGGUAAAUUGCGCAUCGAAGAAUUCGAAGAUUUUUUGUAUAAACACAAAGCUCCGAGACUUGUAUGGCUCUCUGAAGAUGCAACUCGUUUAACUGGCAAAAUCGAAUAUUGUCAAACCACUAACACCAUAGUUGGUUUUGUAAUACCGUUGUCAUCUAGUACUGGAUUGCCACAUCAACUUUAUUUCCCAGCCACAAGCUUAAGUGCAAUUUUAAACGCGUUCAGAAAAGGAAUUCCCGCUAAGCAGGUCAAUAUCAUAAUGGCAAAACCUUUAUCAAAUUCAGUUCCAGCCUUUUGCUUGGUUUUAUAUGGAGCUAACAGCGUAAUUUCACAUACUAACGCAAAAAUACGCUGGGAACAUGUAGUAAGAGAACUACGGCAAAACAACAUUGAUGUUGUUGGCAUUUCAACGGAUGGUGACAGUCGCUAUCUGAAAGCCAUGAGACUUCAAACAGAAAUCAGGUCAAAUUUAGCUUAUUAUGCCAUUCAUAAAAUGACCGCCAAAGAUCUUCACUAUAUUCAAGAUCCAGUCCAUAUCUUGACAAAACUUAGAACAAGGCUCUUAAAUGAAAAUGUGUCAAUUAUUAUUGGCAGUGAAACUGUUGAUCUAGAUUAUCUAAGAAAACUAUUAGAUAUGCCCAAAGAUCUCCACGGUUUGAAUUUAACUGACAUUUCACCAGCAGACAAAAUGAACUUUAAAUCCUGCGAGAAAUUGAUUCAUGAUGACGUAACAGAUAUCCUCGAACAAACUUUUCCACAAAGCAAAGCGUUAGUAAUGUAUUUGAAAAUAAUGCGACUAAUUUAUGACAGUUUCCUCGCUACAGGAAAAACAGCUUUGGAAAGAAUCUUUGCAAUUACAAGGGUCGUUUAUUCGUUGAGAAUCUGGAGGGAUUGGUUGGUGAAAAAUCGUAAAAAUGGCCUAACUUUGAAACAUUUUAUAACUACCAAUUCAUACAUGUGCAUUGAAAUGAACGCGAUUUCCUUGAUUGAAGUAGUACGAAGACUCAGGGAUAAUAAUCAAGAAGAGUAUUUUCACCCACAGUAUUUCAGUAGUCAGCCGUGCGAGGAAUUUUUUCGGCACUUAAGAUCCUUGUCGACUACAAAAAAUACAGUGGUGAAUUUCAGCUUGCUCGAUGUUUUUCACCGAGUUCGAAGAAUUGAGCUACAAAGCGAAAUUACGAAUACAUUAAAAGAUAAAGGAUUUUCUUUCCCAUCGAAUUCGAGAGCAUUCGUGAGUCAAACAACUAACAACUUAGAAACCUUACCAUCAGAUGACCAAAUAAUAAAAUUUGUGGAAUACGCUCGAAAAGUUGCCAAAAAAGAUAUGGAGCGGUUUGGAAUAAAAUCUAAGAAUGAAAUUCCUUUACACCUAUAUUUUAAAGACGAACCGAAGGAUAAGAAUGAGCAGAAAUGUCCACCAAGGCCUCUCACUCUGCAUGAGCUCGAGGAUCCCUUUACUGACAGGAAUAUUAAAUUAAAAAACUACGCAGAUAAGAAUGAUUGCAAGCAGCUUUCACCAACUUCAAAAUUUGUUGAAAUAAAGACAAAGAGAAAGCGAAUUCACGUUCGAAAAUCGACAGUUUGCUGGUUACUAACGCAACAAGUCCGACGGCUGAGCAGUGACCGAACUUGCCGCUUCUCCUCCGGUCCUGCUCAUGAAAUUAAGAAGAAAAACAAAAAGUUUAAGAAUUUGAAGGAGCAAAAAUACCGUAAGAGAAGGACGAGAACGCAGACUAAUAAAAAAUUACCAAAGUAAAACGUUUUUUUUUUUUUUUGAAAUUGUUCACUGUUUUUUGAAAAUAGUCUAUAUGAAGUCAUGUGUCUGUCUAGAAUGAGAUCUUUAUCAUAACGUAUCGUCGCUUGAUCUGAGAUCUCCCCGUGGGAUUGAGUAAACAUUCUGAAGAUUCUUCAAAAGGAUCAAUUCUGAUUAUGUCUUCUCACUUGUGCAGAGUUUCCCGCCAGUUUGAGUCGUACGUCGUAAGCCCUCUAGCGAUUGAUUUUGUUCAAUUUAUCCAGCAGAGUGAAUAUGUCAUCGUCUAAAUAAUCGGAAUCCGACUAAUUUCCAUCCACAUUAGCAUCGGAAUAAACAGCUGGAAUUCGAUCCAUUUUGAAUCUCUUGUUGGCCUAGGCAUUCUACUUAAUGGCAUGAAGUACAACAGCUGGAAUGGGGAUUGUGGGGAUUCUGACCCUGCUCUCAGCACCAGAGUCACAUUCACGUUUCUCUAGUUCCGUUCGGAAGCCACAAUUGCUCAGCCCGCCACUAGUGCUCUGUCCCGUAUCCCAUAUCCCCUGUUCGUAUAUUUCAGCUUUGUAUGUCCUGACAAAACUCGGCUGGAAUAUUUCUCGGAAGAGCAUACUGAGACCUUCUCGCCACUAUAUCCGAGGCAAUGUCAAGCCAACUACCACGAAAAACACAUAGAUCCUAGUUAACAAACCUAUGGGAAACUGUUUUUCAAAAUAAGACUAUUACACGUUUAUUUUGUUUCUUAUAUCAUUCAAUGACAAU